AUGGACACGCUCAACAGCUCUGGCACCUUCCCCGACGGACCAGGGAUCUGCGAGUCCACUCAGGAGGUAGAGGAAGUGGGCGGCGCCCACCAGGCAGAAUACUUUUCACGGCCUGCAACACCGGUGGGCAGAAGCACCAAGAGGGCGUUCAGCAUCUCUGGCCUCUGCUUUGGCCCCUCACACACAUGCUUGGUCACUAGGCUGUGGAACAUAACAGAGCCCUUGCUCCAGAAACACGGACCACCUGACAGGAGCGUGGACACAGGAGGUGGGGCGACGUUGCCUCACAGAAGAGAGAAAAAGCCAGGAGGGCGGCAAGUGGGCGCAAAGUUCUCAGCUUUGUUAGUCAUCAAGAAAACGCAAACUAAAACCAACGUAAGUGUAAGGGUUACUACUGAGUGUCAACUUGACUGGACUAAAGGAUGUAGUACUGUUCCUGGGAGCGUCUUGAGGGAGCUGCCAAAGGAGAUUCACAUUUGA